AUGUAUAUUAGCUCAUUAGUUUCCUUGUAAUCCAUAAGUUAGUCAACUUCUCCUUUAAAAGGAAGCUAACUUAUGGAAAACCGAAGAAUCCAAAAAGAUGUGAGAGAAUAUAGACUAGAUAGAGAGAUUAGGUUUUACGCUGCUCUCCUUCUCGAGGAGAGUAGCGUUAGUCCACGGUAUAACAAAUUCAUUUAUCUCUUCUCGAUAUCUUUCUAUCGGCUCCUUCUUCACUGUUAUGAUUUUUUUAUCGUUAAGAAAAGGGGACUAUCACAGGACGAUACAAAUCCAAAGGGAUGGGAAGCUCAUUCAAAGAAUCAAGCUUAGCAAGCGGCAGGUCCCAGACCGUAUUAUUUGGAGGGAGGAACCAGAUGGACAUUUCUCGGUCAGGAGCUAUUAUCGGAAGAUAUCGGGGGAGAUGGCGAUUGGAGAAUGGGCAGGAUGGACGCAGGUUUGGAAUUAGAAAACUCCUCCCAAAGUUAAAUCCUUUUUCUAGAAAGUGUGCUCUCGUUUUCUUCCUACCCGAAGCGCACUGCGGUAUAGAAGAGUACAAUGUCCGAUUGAGUGUGGACUUUGCAAGAUGGCUGAAGAAUAGUCCCUGCAUCUUUUUGUUGGAUGUUUGGUGGCUCGUGAGGUUGGUCGGCUGCUGGGAUGGAAGAACUUGGAGCAAAAUUGGGUCUCUCUUCUGGAAUGGCUCGAAGCAAAUUUCCAAGCAAGCGGGGAGGAGGACUUGUAUGCAAUAAUCUUGGGCUAUUGAGAGAUUUGGUGUGAACGAAAUAAACGAGUAUGGCAUGGUACUGAGUAUUGCAUUCUUCGAAGGUUGUCUAAAGCACAUAAAGGAAGAGAGUCUUCUGCCUCCUCUGCUUUUGUGGCGCAAGCUGGGAUGGUUCGCUGCAAAAGGCCCUCACAUGGGAAAAUGAAGCUCAAUAUUGAUGCUUCUGUGACAGAUUCAAGGUGUGGGCUGAGUUGGGUGCUCCGGGAUGACCAUGGGGAAUUUUUAGCAGGUGGGGCAUGUCAGAAGCCGGGGUGAGCAUCCCGGUAGAGGUGGAAUUGAUGGGUAUUCAGGAGGUUCUAAGUUGGCUUAAGGAACAAGAGUGGAAUUUUAUUGAUGUUGAAUCGAAUUCAGUGCAAGCUAUUAUGGAGAUUCUCAAGGGAUUGAGUGUUUCGACUAGAGUACUUUUGGCUGAAGACAUUAUUAUUAUGAGUAGGCAGUUUACUAGUAUUUUCUUCUCGCAUGUGAGGCGUUCUGCGAAUACCGUUGCUCAUGCUUUGGCGAGGGUGGAGUGUUCUGUGACUGAUCGCUAUAUUUGGCCUUAUAAUCCGCCCGAUUCUAUUAUUCAUGUACUUCAUCAUGCUUUGAUUAAUUAUAAUUAAACUUUCUCUGUUAAAAAAAGAAGCACAAUAUCACACAAUCUAUUUAAGUAAAUUUAUAUCAUCUUACCC